AUGGCUGAAACCAAUGCUAGUAACAGAUGCUCUAGGCAAAUGAAGCAUGUUUAUUGCUUUGCUGAUAAGGUGAAAAGAUUUCCUGGUUUGGCAAGGAGAGCAACAUGGAAGGUUGGCAAAGAUGAUCCAAGAAGGGUGGUCCAUGCUUUCAAAGUUGGCUUGGCUUUGACACUAGUUUCUUUGCUGUAUCUGAUGGAGCCAUUGUUCAACGGGAUAGGAAAAAAUGCUAUGUGGGCUGUCAUGACAGUGGUUGUGGUGAUGGAGUUCACUGUGGGGGCAACAUUAAGCAAAGGACUAAAUAGAGGAUUGGGGACUCUGCUAGCAGGAUCAUUGGCAUUUCUCGUUGAAUAUAUUGCAGAAGCCCCUGGUCGGAUUUUUCGAGCAAUUUUCAUUGGUCUUGCAGUUUUUUUGUUAGAAAGUGAUGAUGAUUCAUCUGAGGAUCUUAUCUACGAUGGUUACAAGACUGUUUUAGAUUCCAAAGCAAGCGAUGAAACACUGGCAUUACAAGCAAGCUGGGAACCAAGAUACGCAAGAUAUUGUUACAAAAUCCCAUGGCAUCAAUAUGCAAAAAUUGGAGCUGCUCUUCGCCAUUUCAGUUACACUGUUGUUGCACUACAUGGCUGUCUGAAGUCUGAAAUUAAGAGGUCUUUGAAACUUCUAAGAGCUGGUAGCUGCGUUUCUGAUCUUGCUAUUAUCUUUCGUUCAAGUCCAAGUGAAUUAAAUCAUACUAAUGAUGAUUGUGACAAAUCUUUUCAAACACCAAAGUCAAUUCGUGCCCUGUAUGAAGACUCUUGCAUCAGACUUGGAGAGGAAGUGUCAAAAGUAUUAAGGGAACUGGCCAACAGUAUCAGGAACAAUCGUCAAUUCUCCCCUGAAACACUCUCCAACAAUCUCAAAGAAGCAUUAGAAGACCUCGACGAUGCCUUGAAAUCCCAACCACAACUUGUACUAGGCUCGAGGAAUAGUCGAACCACAAACACCCCAUUUCAAGCAGUUCCACACCCUGACAAAAAGCUUGAAGACACCAGAACCACAUUAUCAAGUGUUAAGAACAUUGAAUCUUUUUCCCUGCGUGCAUGUAAAUCUAAAGACCACACUCGUGAACUUUCAAAGAAGGCUUUAAGGCCACAACCGAGUAUGGCUGCCAUAGUAAGCCUUGAGUUCUCAGAUGCAUUACCCUUUGCUGCUUUCACUUCUUUGCUUGUGGAGAUGGUGGCUAAACUUGAUCGUGUCAUGGAUGAAGUUGAACAGUUGGGCAGAAUGGCACAUUUUAGAGAGUUCGAAGAUGACGAUGGUGAUGAGGUUGUUGUGGCUUGUGAGAAACCAAAGAUGAAUAUAGCUCAGAAUGACUUGCCGCCUUAUACAACAGAGUAG